AUGAAGAUUAUAGCCUGGGGCGACAGCAUCUCAGAUAGCUCUGAGAAACUGCUCCAAAGAGACGGCGGGGGGAAGAGGAUCCUUGUCCUCUUAACCACUUCUCUUCUGCUCUACCAAGGUCCUCCAGUGAGAAGUGACCUUGACGCAGACAGGAUAUGCGGCUACGGGACGUCUCGUUGCCGGACGAAAUGUCAAAGGCAAGAGUUCAGGAUCGGAAAAUGCCCCAACACCUACCCGUGCUGCCUGAAAAAGUGGGCCGUCAACUCGUUGAAUCCUGCGAGAGACAGACACCCAGUGCAGCCCGGUCCCUAGAACCGCCCCCAGCUGGACCUCCAAGCCUUCCCUUCUCCGGGCCUCGCGGCCGGACCAUCCCACGUGGUACCGGGUGCGGGGAACCCAGGGCAGCUGCCUGCUGAGGGAGGACAGCAAUGUAGGUUGCGGGGGAGUCUCAGGACUCCCCAAGGUGGACCACAAAACAGAUCCCAUCAGCCACAAGCCUUCAGGGAACAGCAUUUUUUUUUUUUUUUGCCCGAAGUAUAUCGAUUGAUUUUGAUAACACUGGGUUUCUUUUCUGAUCAGUUCUGCUCAACAGUUAUACGUGUCUUUUAUUAACUAAAAUGGAAUAAAUCA